CUUUGCAAUCCGUUUCUAGAGCUUCUACCGGUCAAGCUUCCUUCUCUCGCCCCCUAGCCUUCCGAGUCAAGUAAGCUCCCUUCUCUCUUCCUUAACUUUCUUUAUUCUCCAUUCUUUCUUCCGGUAAAUGUCUUCCUCCGAUAGUCAGGAUAUUUCCGCCUCGGAUGCCUACGCAUCCGAGGAAACCCUAUCCUCUUCGUCUACCGAGUCAUCUUCACCCGAGCCUGACACUCGGUCAGCUCGAAAACCCAAUAUCCCCGAACCUCAACCGGUGAACCAAAUGCCCGGUCAGGUUUUUGCGGAGAGGGAGGAUCCGGUCAGCGACGAACCAGCCCCCUAUGACCCGGAUAAAGAGACCCUGGACCAAUGGGUAGAGAGGCUGGAAGUAGCCGGUUACUCCCCCCUCCCUACUUCCUUUGUUACAGACAUUUACCCCCAUGUUUCUAAGAUAGCCUUGAAUAAGGCCCGUAGGAAUCUUCCGGCGGGUUAUAUUCUUGAGUACGACGAGAACUGGUCCAACAUCAUAGAACCGCACCGGGACGAUAGGAUAGGUUUUCAUAUUGCCUCCUUAGAGAGUGGUACCGUCUUUCCCCUCCGCCCACUCCUGGUCGAGCUAUGUCACUGCUUCAGGAUUCUCCCCGGGCAGAUCACACCCAACGCUCACCGGUUGCUUAAUUCUUUCGCAAACAUCUGCACCCAUCUUCGCAUCGAUCCCUCUCUUCGUCUCUUCUUGUAUAUGUUUGAGGUUUGUCCGGGUAAACCGGGUUGCGAAGGUUUUGUCUACUUCAAGGGACGGAACAAUCGCAAAUUUAUCUCUGACCUUCCACAAAGCAACCGCUUGUGGAAGGAAAGAUUUGUCUUCAUAAAAUUUCCCCCUUCUGCCAACCCUCUAGCCGGCUUGAAGUGGAGUGACAAUCUCCUCAAGCACCAGUUCACCGAACCGCACACCACUCCAGACUUGGAGGAGAGUCUGGAAAAGCUUCUCAGGGGGGAUCCCUACACCGGUCAGAUGUACCACUAUGGUGGUUGGGUCUGGCGCACCCAACCGGGUGGCGAGGGUACCUCCCAAGCCCAUGAAGCAGCGGGGCACGGGGUACCCUCCCCGGGCGACACUGCGGAGGCUGGAGGCCCAAGUCACCCAGAUAUGAACUUCAGGUCCUUUGGCAUUCCUAAGACGGCCGGUGCGUCUUCUUCUGCUGGUCUCCACACUUCCGCCGCCAAAACCGUGCCGGUUCAGAAGGAGACAAUAGAGGUCCACUCCGAAGAGGACACUCCUCUAACCGGUGGAGCUUCCCCGGCCGGCAGGGGACCGGAAAACCCCACCCUCCAUAAGGGAAAGGGGAAGAUGAGGAUGAAGAAAGUUGCCACCACACAUCCGGCAGCGAAGAGGAGAAGGGGAGAAACUUCCCCGGCUGGAGAAUCGAUGGAGGAGCUGUGGGUCAAGAUGACCCUUAAGCUGAAAGAGAUGGGCGAGGUUGGCCCGGAGACUUUUGAGAAGCUCGCGGGGGACUCCCCCUCCCGGUCAUUUCAGCUGGAGGAGAAGUUAAAGGGAGUCGAAGCCCACAACCAGGAGCUGCAGGACCUGAUUGCCCGGCAGCUUGAUGAGCUUUCCCAUCUCUCAGCGAUUGCCGGGGAGGCCAAGGCAGAGACCCUUCAGUUGAAAGAGGAGAACUUGAAGCUAUUGGAGGACUUGGAGCUGAAGGAGCGAGAGUUCCCCGGCAGGGCCAAGCAAUGGGUGGGGGAGAACCUGGAGGAGACGGCUCGGGUGAUCACAUCCACUCCGGAGGUGACGAUGGAGGCCUUCAAGUUCAUUUACGGGGAGGAGCAGGGGAAAGAGAUGAUCACGCAGAUCGGCUCCUACGGUUUCAUGUCUGGCCAAAAGAGGGACCGGGAGGCCACGCAUGCGAUCCUCGCUGAACGGCUCCGGGAUUUUAAUGCUGAAUCAUAUGGACUGGCCCCCAUCCCGGACGAGGAACCUGCACCUCCUUUCCCUCUCGAGUAAUCUUCCCGGCUGCGACCUGUUGAAUUAUUUUGUAAAACUUCAAACUCGUUCUCCCGGGAAUGCCCGGUGUAGUUGUAAAACACUUAACCAUUUUGUUCUACUUUAAUGCAAUGCUUAAUUUCCCUACCGGUUAAUCUUUCAUAUCUGCUUGCUUGUUGAUUGAUACUUUGAUCUUUGCCUCUUAGAACGCCACCAUAGGAUACCCGACCGGUAUAGUAAUCAAUCACCAUACUUCCU